AGUGUGACGUAUAAUCUAGUUGACGGAACGCUUCUUUCAACAGCAGCAACACUUAGUCAGACACCUCCGUAGCUUGCUAGACAAAAUAGCUGAACCAAUAACGCUCUUUAGACGCUUUCGUGUAUAUUAGUCACUGUGUUUUAAACCCACUUCUGUCGUCUAGUUAGUUGUCCGAUUUAAUUUCAUAUUUACGGUGUUGUUAUUAUUCAGCUAGCGGGCUGGGUAAGUUAGCAUUAGCCUAGCUAGCUAGCAUCCUCGACCAUGAGUUCACUAAGCUACUCUCCUCCUGAUAAAGAAGAGGUGGUCUGCUGCACGGAGAAAGAAGCUCUCGUCAAAGAGGAGGAGGAAGAGGAGGCUGUUACAAUACAAAAACAAGUAGAGGUUGAGGCUUUUACCGUGAAAGAAGAAGAGAAAGACGUUACAGUUAAAGAAGAGGAAGACGCGUUCAGAGUGAAAGAGGAGGAGGAUGUUACAGUAAAAGAAGAGGAGGCAGAGAAAGAGGAGGAUGCAGUUUUUGGAGUGAAAGAGGAGGAGGGGGAGAUGACUGUCACAUCCAAAAAGGAGGAGGAAGAAGAGGAGGAAACUGGAUAUCUCGGGCCGGUUUCCCAGACGCAUCUUAAGGCAUCCAACCAUGAAGUUAGCCUUAUGAUGCCUCCGGGAAACCGGUCCCUGGUUAACACUAGAGCGAGACGGGACUAUCUUGGAUCCUCUGGGGAGCCUCAACAACCUCAUGAAGCUGAUGAGGCAAAGAAGAGUCUCUCUAGAUCAGAACACCCCAGUAAACAACAGCAGAGAUCCACAGGAGAGAAACCUUACUGCUGCUCCGACUGUGGGAAACAUUUCUCAAGAUCAAAUUCACUAAAAGUACACCUGAGAAUUCACACUGGAGGGAAAUCUCACUGGUGCUCUGACUGUGGGAAAAUAUUUAACUCUACAGUAGACCUUAAAAUACAUCAUAGAAUUCACACAGGAGAGAAAUCUUAUGGCUGUGAUCAAUGUGGGAACAGUUUUUCUCAGCUAAAAACCCUGAAAUCACACCAGAGAACACACACAGGAGAGAAACCUUAUGGCUGUGAUCAAUGUGGGAAGAGUUUUACUGUGUCAAGCUCCUUGAUAGUGCACCAGAGAAUACACACAGGAGAGAAGCUUCACCAUUGUUCAUUUUGUGGGAAAAGCUUUUCAACAUCACACACCUUGAAGGUGCACCAGAGAAUGCACACAGGAGAGCGACCUUAUAGCUGUAAUCAAUGUGGGAAGUGUUUUUUUACAUCUAGCAAUCUGACAAAACACCAGAGAACACACACAGGAGAGAAACCAUAUAGCUGUAAUCAAUGUGGGAAGUGUUUUGUUCAAUCUGGAGAUCUGAAGAUACACCAGAGACUACACACAGGAGAGAAACCUUAUGGCUGUGAUCAAUGUGGGAAGAGGUUUAAUCAGUCAAGCAGCCUGAUAGUACACCAGAGAACACACACAGGAGAGAAACCUUAUGGCUGUGAUCAAUGUGGGAAGAGUUUUAAUCAGUCAAGCAGCCUGAUGGUACACCAGAGAUCACACACAGGAGAGAAACCAUAUAGCUGUACUCAAUGUGGGAAGAGUUUUGUUACAUCUGGCUGUCUGAUUACACACCAGAGAACACACACAGGAGAGAAACCUUAUACCUGUGAUCAAUGUGGGAAGAGUUUUACUCAGUUAAACAGCCUGAUGGUACACCAGAGAUCACACACAGGAGAGAAACCAUAUAGCUGUACUCAAUGUGGGAAAAGUUUUAAUUGGCUCAACAGCCUGGUAUCACACCAGAGAACACACACAGGAGAGAAACCUCAUAGCUGUAAUCAAUGUGACAAGAGAUUCUCAGAUAAAAGAUAUCUGAUUAAACAUCAGAAAAUACAUAGAUGAAGGAGUUGUUUCAUGAUAUCAUUGUAAUGUCACUGUCACUGUUUUUAACAUUGUUGUAGGAUAAUUUUAAUGUUUGUUCAAUUGAUUUGAGAUUUUUGUUGUAAAGGGUUUUAACAAGGUUUCCCAUGCUUGUUCAAUGAACCAUAAACAAUUAAUGAACAUACACCUGUGGAACGGUCCUUAAGACACUAACAGCUUACAGACGGUAGGCAAUUAAGGUCACAGUUAUGAAAAUUUAGGACACUAAAGCGGCCUUUCUACUGACUCUGAAAAACACCAAAAGAAAGAUGCACAGGGUCCCUCACCAUAUGUGUGAACGUGCCUUAGGCAUGCUGCAAGGAGGCAUGAGGACUGCAGAUGGGACCAAGGCAAUAAAUUGCAAUGUCCGUACUGUGAGACAGGGAGACAGGACGGACAGCUGAUCACCCUCGCAGUGGCAGUCCAGACUGUCCACAAUAGGCUGAGAGAGGCUGGGCUGAGGGCUUGUAGGCCUGUUGUAAGGCAGGUCCUCACCAGACAUCACCGGCAACAAUGUCGCCUAUGGGCACAAACCCACCGUUGCUGGACCAGACAGGACCGGCAAAAAGUGCUCUUCACUGACGAGUCGCAGUUUUGUCUCAUUGGGGGUGAUGGUCGGAUUUGCGUUUAUCGUCGAAGGAAUGAGCAUUUCACCGAGGCCUGUACUCUGGAGCGGGAUUGAUUUGGAGGUGGAGUGUCCGUCAUGGUCUGGGGCGAUGUGUCACAGCAUCUUUGGCCUGAGCUUGUUGUCAUUGCAGGGAAGACAUCCUGUGUGGUACUCUUCCUGCAGGCUCAUCCUGCCAUGACCCUCCAGCAUGAGAAUGUCACCAACCACACUGCUCGUUCUGUGUGAUUUUCUGCAAAACAGGAAUGUGUUCUGCCAAGGCCAGCGAAGAGCCCGAAUCUCAAUCCUAUUGAGUACAUCUGGGACCUGUUGGAUUGGAGGGUGAGGGCUAGGGCCAUUCCCCCCAGAAAUGUCCGGGAACUUGCUGGUGCCUUGGUGAAUGAGUGAGGUAACAUCACACAGCAAGAACUAGCAAAUCUGGUGAAGUACAUGAGGAGGAGAUGCACUGCAGUACUUAAUGCAGCUGGUGGCCACACCAGAUACUCACUGUGCCUUUUGAUUUUGACCCUCCUUUGUUCAGGGACACAUAAUUCAAUGUCUGUUCAUCACAUGUCUCUGGAACUUGUUCAGUUUGUCUCUCAGCUGUUGAAUCUUGUUAUGUUCAUACACAUGUUAAGUUUGCUGAAAGUAAACGCAGUUGACAGUGAGAGGACGUUUCUUUUUUUGCUGAGUUUAUUUGUUGUCUUAAGGGAGAAGGUGUUAUGGGCUUUGGUUUUUCCAUUUAUGUUUUGAGGAUGGACUUCAGCACGUAUAGCUCAUUAGCAUGUAGGGUGCACUGAUUGUCUCCUCCUUAGUAUGUGUUACACCUGUGCUGGCUUGUCCAUCUCGUUAAUUGGAAGGCGUUUCACCUGAGCUGGCCCAGGUUCUAUUUAAGAGUGGCUGGCCCAGGUGCUCCGGAUGCUAUUUAAGAGUGGCUGGCCCAGUGCUCCAGGUGCUAUUUAAGAGUGGCUGGCCCAGUGCUCCAGGUGCUAUUUAGGAUUGUCUGGCCUAGUGCUCCAGAUGCUAUUUAAGAGUGGCUGGCCCAGGUGCUCCAGAUGCUAUUUAAGAGUGGCUGGCCAAGUGCUCCUGGUUAUAAUUAAGAGUGGCUGGCCCAGUGUUCUAGGUGAUAUUUUAGAAUGUCUGUCCCAGAUGCUCCAGGAUCUAUUUAAGAGUGGCUGGCCCCGUGCUCCAGGUUAUAAUUAAGAGUGUCUGGCCCAGUGCAUCACCCAUAGAAUCAUAUUGUUGAUAUUUUAAUCAAUGGCAUUUCCUUAGGAUGCUCAUUAGUCUUUCAAUCUUCUGUUUUUUAUCCUCUUAUGUUGUGUACUAAAUAUUUCUGUUUAUUCUUGUUUGUUUUUUCCCUGUGAAGCCAUUGUGUUGCAUCCAUGUCUGAAAUGUACUAUAGAAAUAAAGCUUGAUUUAAACAUAUUGCAAACCAUAUUAACCCAAUGACCGACAAUCAACAGAUUCUUGCAAAACCAAUUAACAAAUAUUUUUACCUUUAACUAGGCAAGUCAGUUA